AUGGUCCUGAAACGCAAGAUCGACAGUGCCGGAGACGUGUUCUUUGGGUAUGAACUUCGACCCAAGCGACAUGCGUCGAACGCCACCUCUACGAACGAUCGGAAUCCACGUUUCGACAUGUCGGAGGAAGAUAGCCCACUGUCGUCCAGAAAAGGCUCUGGCCACUUGAAGCCGUUACUCGCGCAAUGGACUGAAGAGCGGGAACGACCAUGGAGGUCAAUAGGGACCAAGGAUGUCGCGUACUCAAUGCCGCUCGAAAAUAUGGUUGAAGCGGUGCAGCAUCUGAUCGAUCCUGAUUUCGAUCCAUCCGUAUUGACAAAAGAUGACGAGCCGCGCUUUUUGAAGCCAUUACCGUCCCGGAUAUCUCGGGAAGACAUCGAGUUCUUGAGGGAGAGAGGAGCGCUGACGAUACCGGACGAGGAGCUGCGGAUUGAGCUUCUCCGGAACUAUGUGCGAUGGGUUUAUAAUUUCAUGCCAACAAUCGAUCUACAUGAAUUCCUACGCUGCGUCGUGGAGAACGACCCUGAUGGCAAUAUCAGCCUUCUAGUUUUCCAAGCAGUCAUGUUUGCGGGCACGGCUUUUGUCGAUAUCAAAUAUCUACAAGAAGCUGGAUUCGAAACGAGACAGAGUGCGCGGAAAGAAUUCUUCGCCCGUGUCAGGCAUCUGUAUGCUUUUGAUUACGAAGAUGACCGCAUUGCAGUGCUCCAGACACUGCUGCUGAUGACAUAUUGGGCCGACUAUGAGAGCAGCCCGCAGAAAGAUAUUUGGCAUUGGAUCGGUGUAUGCAACACCCAAGCUCUAUCGAUCGGUCUGCACAAAGACCCGACGCAAUCAGACAUGGACCCUCAACUACAGCGGCUGCGCAUACGACUCUGGUGGAGCUUAUAUUCGCGCGAUCGCUUGAUUGCGAUGGCUUUGCGGCGACCGACUCAGAUCAACGAAGGCACAUGCGAUGUCCCCAUGAUCACUUUGAAUGACUGUGACAUCGAGCCGUUUCACCCGUCUGUCAUCGAGGUCCUGGGAUGCCCGCAACUCGAGAAUGUUUCACAUCAGAAGCGCCUUGCGGUCAUGUUUAUCGAAAACGUCAAGUUGUGCCAGUGUUUGGGUAGAAUCCUCUUUGCACAGUACACGCCGUCGAAUCAUCAAUUUGGAGCCACAACCAAGACCACGAUCACGCUUGUGCCACGACAAGUAUCAGAAGCUGAGCUCAACCGCUGCAGCCAGCAGCUGGAUCGAUGGCUCCAUGGACUCCCACGAGACGCACAAUUCAUCCCUCCUUCGAAGAACCACAUCCGAGAAGGAGAAAAUGUACUCCUUCUCCAUAGUGCCAUGCUGCGAAUGAUAUAUCAUAUGACAUCGAGCACGCUCCAUCGUCCACAGGCUCUAAUAUUUUCGGCAAAGGAUCGAUCCAGGAAUGUCAAAGGACCCAACGUCGCGCGCACAAAGUUGGAAGACGCCGCCACGAGUAUCACACAGAUCGUACAGGGACUCAGCCAGUUGAACUUGGUCAGGUUUCUCCCUCAGUCGGUAGUUACUGUUCUGUUACCAGCGGCCCUUGCUCAUCUCGUAAACUUGACUUCCCCGAACCCUUCAGUACGUCAAACAAGCGCAUAUAACUUUAGCAGGUGCAUCGAGGCCCUCCACAGGCUGAAGGAAAUUUAUCCGGCCGCAGAUAUGGAAGUCACCCGGAUCGAAACAGCCGUGAAAGUGCAACGCAUGAGAUUGGAAGCAUCGAUCCGCAUCUCGUGCAACAAUGGCAAUAACAACACCGGUCUAGACCGUCAGACUGCAUCAACAAUCUUGUCUGAGCUUCUCGCAUGUAGCGGAGACUCACCUUCGCCCGAGAGCGACAAUGGUGUUGAAGAGAUCCCUGACCAGCCAACCCCAACUAUGCGUGCCAGAACCAUCAGCAACAAUGAUCCAGGAAGCCCCCGUGACGGCAUAUCUCCGCGCACCCAGCCGAGUACCGUCCAAGCAGAUUAUCCAGCAGCACACAGAACCACAAUACAUCCUACCACGAUAGCUCCAGGAAGUCUUACUAGUACGACAAUGCCCCCUCCGGACAGAAACCCAGUUGAACCAUUCCAGCCUUUCCUCCCUGACUUCACCACCUCCCCAACAGACAUGCCGCUGGAUAUCAACUGGACCGAAGACGUCCUAAAAGCAUGGACGAAUGUCAACGACGACGACACGCACGAAGACGACUUCACACAGGAAACAGAUAUUGGGUACGAACCCACCAACACCGAUAUCACCGCUACAACCACCACUUACGAUGCCACGGCCCGGAAAAUAUCCCAGGGGAACGAAAUCACAGGCGAUCUGGAUCGGGAUCUUGGCUUUGUGUGA